AUGCGUACCGAUGUUACUCUUGCCAGAUACGUUCACCCAUAUCUCGGAGUGGGAAUGGAUCCGGAAACAGUCGGACAGAUUCAGAUAGACGAGUCGCAUCGAGCAAACACGGCUGCAGUAUGUGAUUUAGCUGUUUCCAAUUCUGGUCGAUUGAUCAUCACUGGCUGUCGAAAUUCCACAGUCUAUUACUGGGAUUUAAUUCAACCGAACGGUUGUUUGCAUCAUGAAACUGAAGUUGGACCGGUUGUGCGAUUGGCCAUGUCCAAUAAAAAGACCGCUUUAUUAAUGAUGACGUGGGAUGAGAAAUCACGGAUUCGGAUCAUGAGACCACGCUAA